AUGGUGCGCAUCAGGACCAAGAGAAGCCGCCCUGCGCCGGAAGGGUUCGGCAGGAUCGAGCCGACGCUCAGAGAGUUCGAUCUGCAGCUGAGAGCGGCCGAGCACUCCCGCAGCUCGAAGAUGCGCUCCAAGGCCAACGAGCCGCUCUGGGAGAUCAUGCGGAUCCACCACGAGAGAUCGCGGUACGUCUACAGUCUGUUCUACCGCCGAAAGGCUAUCUCCCGCGAGCUGUACCAGUGGCUGCUGCAGGAGAAAUACGCGGACCAGCUGCUGAUCGCGAAGUGGAAGAAGCAGGGCUACGAGAAGCUGUGCUGUCUGCGAUGCAUUCAGACCACCGAGUCCGCGGACGGCACUACCUGCAUAUGUCGAGUGCCAAGAGCGCAGCUCGAGAACGACGCCCGCGAGACCGGCAGAGCCGUCACUUUCAAGCAGUGCGUGCACUGCGGAUGUCGAGGCUGCGCCAGCAGCGACUGA